GACGACUCGUUCGUCCCGAGUCACAUUAAAGACUCGUUCAAAAUGAACGAAUCGUUCAAGAACGACCCAUCACUAGCGUCAUACCCAUAAGCGCCCGCGGUGAUCCGGAAGCAGUUGUCCGCCUGUCUGUCUGAGGCUCGGGUGUCAAACACAAGAUACGAUGGCUCUUCAUCGGCUGUUCCGUCUGUCCUCUCUGCUGCGUUCGGCGGUGAGCGUGACGCUGCGCAGGAACAUCGGUCUGUCCGCCGUCGUCUUCAACAAAGCCAAGGACCUGGAUCCCGUGCAGAAGCUCUUCCUGGACAAGAUCCGCGAGUACAACACCAAGAGCAAGGCGGCUGGCGGUGUGGUGGAAGCCGGUCCGGCGUAUCAGAAGAACCUGACGGAGGAGAUGACCAAACUCCAGCGCUUAUACGGAGGAGGAGACCUCACCAAAUUCCCUCAGUUCAAAUUCCCAGAACCCAAACUAGAGGAGGUGACGACGAAAUGAGCGCCGUCUGUCCGUCUCUGUCUGUGUGCUGAAAAUAAGAGCUCAAUAUUUAAUAAACAGUCUUUGGUUCAAA